AUAUACUGUAUGUUUAACCCAUACUUCACAACACAACACAACAGUUGUGUUUCAAUGAAUGUCUCACUGAAUCAUACAAUCAAAUGAAUGAAUGAAUGAAUUAUUUGUUAGUUUUUUUUGUUUAUCAAUCAAUCAAUCAAUCAAUCAAUGAAUGGUUUGUUUAGUUUAAACAUUGAAGACAUGAAUUGCAUGUGAAUUGGUAUCGGGAUUGCAGUCAUUCGGGUAUUUUGGCCAACAAUUUGUCAAUACAUCCAUUAAUUUUUGUAAUCCUUAAUGCAGAUAACUAAAUGUCACGUCCGGGACAUCGAGACCGCGAACGAGACAAGUAUGAGCCGCCAAACCCGCGCCGCACGCACUCUAUUAUGUCUCCCGAAGAUGUCCAAAAUGGCAAGAAAUCUUCGUGGCCAGAGUUAGAGAUAACUGGUUCCAUUCGAAACUUGAGUCCGCAGUUAUGGUCAAUGACACACUUGACGUCUCUCUAUCUUAACGACAAUAGUCUGAGUCGUAUUCCGCCAGACAUCGCACGGUUGACAUCAUUAAUGCAUUUGGAUUUGUCGUGUAAUAAACUGCGUUCACUGCCCGCCGAACUCGGAGAUCUAAUUUUGUUGCGGGAACUGCUCUUAAACAACAAUUACUUGCGAUGUCUUCCCUACGAAUUGGGAAAACUGUUUCAAAUUUCAAAUUUAGGUCUUAAGGGAAAUCCUUUGACACAGGAGUUGUUAGUGAUAUAUAACGAAAAUAAUGGAACGCAAAGACUGUUAUCUUAUUUGUUGGACAAUCUCGUCGUGACGGCCUCAAGACCUCCGCAGCGUCCAUGGAUUCCGUCGGGACAUCCCGAUCGUAGCCGAACGACCAGCAUUUUUACCGUAAUGUGUUAUAAUAUAUUGUGUGAUAAACUGGCCACUCGACAGCUGUACGGCUAUUGUCCCAAUUGGGCGCUGGCCUGGGAGUAUCGGCGGAAAGCCAUUAUAGAAGAAAUUCGUCACUAUUCAGCAGAUAUUAUAUCACUACAAGAAGUAGAAACGGAACAGUUCUAUAGUUUCUUUAUGCCAGAACUGACACGUGACGGAUAUGAUGGCAUAUUUUCACCGAAAUCCAGGGCAAAGACUAUGUCGGAGAAAGAGAGACUACAUGUGGAUGGAUGUGCUAUAUUCUUCAGAACUAAUAAAUUCAGUUUAAUAAAAGAGCAUUUGGUUGAAUUCAAUCAGCUGGCGAUGGCUAACGCCGAGGGAUCGGAUGAUAUGUUGAAUCGCGUGAUGACUAAAGAUAACAUCGGUUUGGCCGCACUCUUACAAACCAAAGAGGGCGCGUUUGAAGCGGGUAUGUUACCGGAUCCAUCGCAAGCGAAUCAUCCAUUAUUAGUCUGUACGGCACAUAUUCAUUGGGACCCAGAGUACUGUGACGUUAAAAUGAUCCAAACAAUAAUGUUAAUGCAUGAAUUGCGAUCUAUUGUCGAGGACUCGGCUCACAGUUUUAGACCGGGCGCCCAAAAAGCCGACGCUAACAGUAUUCCAUUGAUCUUUUGCGGAGAUUUGAAUUCACUGCCCGAAUCGGGAGUCGUCGACUUUUUAUCUAAUGGUCGUAUAUCAGCGGAUCACCCGGACUUUAAAGAACUCGGAUAUAAGGAUUGUUUACGUAAACUGAGUUGUUCUGAGCGAACCACUGAAUAUACUCAUCCAUUCAAAAUAACAAAAGCUUAUGGAGACGAUGUCAUGCCAUUCACGAACUAUACGUUUGACUUUAAGGGUGUAAUCGAUUAUAUAUUUUACUCGAAGAAUCACUUAACAGUGUUGGGUCUAUUGGGACCAUUAGAUCCCGAGUGGUUACGUGAGAACAAAGUUGCCGGUUGUCCCCAACAACACAUACCAUCCGAUCACUUCCCACUGCUUGUGGAGUUUGAACUCGACAUUAACGCCGCACAGACACUAUCUAAUGGACACCUUUUACGCAGAUAACACCUCCACAAUCACACAUCUGAUAAUUGAUUGUCUAUUUUAUGUGAAAUGAAAAAAACAUUUAUUAGGAUUCACUGUAAAAAAUGUCAUUUAUAUACACUUCUUGAGUUUUAUGAGCUUUUAUUCGAAGGUUUAGAUGAUAUUUGUUUUUAAUGGGCGUUCAGUUUGAUUAUUGAAAUAAUAUUUUUGUUGUUUUUUAAAAUGAAAAGUUAUUUCUCAAUUAUGUCGACCAAAAUGUUCGCCAAAUUAAUUAUUUUAAAAUUAAUUAUUUUUACUUUUAUUAUUCUUAUCA